UUAUUUUAUAUAAUUUACAAUUUUAAUUAAUUAAUAAAAAAUAAAAGUUUUUAUGUAGCGUAGUGCAAACAUAUUGUUAUAUACAUACUGAGAACACUGUUUCGGUAUCACAGAAGGCAUUUCGCAUUUCCAGUACGGUCACUGACGGUCAUAGGUGUUCAUAUAUUUCAACGAUCGGUGAAGUUUUCUCCGCGUGAAAGUUCUCUUGAUUUGUGUCAAGUGCUUAUAUUAACCAGAUUUGUAAACCGGCAUCUAAAAUAAAAUAUGUCCGAUCUACCCGCAACUCUACAACAGCUUUUCAGCUACAUCGACUCCAACAAGGAACAAUAUAUUACUGCCCUCAAGACAGCUGUUGCUAUACAAUCGGUAUCCGCUUGGCCUGAUAAGCGCGAUGAAAUACAAACUAUGGUGCGAUCAGUUGCUGAUAAGUUAAUUGGCCUGGGUGCUGAUGUAGAGUUAGCUGACAUUGGCAGUCAGCGGCUUCCGAAUGGUAAAGAAAUUCCACUACCGAAUGUUAUUUUAGGAACUUUAGGAAAGGACCCUAAAAAGAAAACAAUUAUCGUUUAUGGACAUUUGGAUGUUCAACCCGCUUUGAAAGAAGAUGGUUGGAAUACAGAACCUUUUGACUUGACUGAAAUAGACGGAAAGCUUUAUGGGAGAGGUGCAAGUGAUGAUAAAGGUCCAGUACUGUGUUGGAUACAUGCAAUCGAGGCAUUCCAAAAAUUAAAUAUUGAUUUGCCCGUAAACUUGAAAUUUGUCUUCGAGGGAAUGGAAGAGAGUGGAAGUGAAGGUCUUGAUGACCUCUUGAUGGCCCGCAAAAAUGAUUUUUUGGCUGAUGCCGAUUAUGUUUGCAUCUCAGAUAAUUAUUGGCUCGGUAAAAAACGGCCAUGUUUGACUUAUGGACUUCGCGGUUUGGUUUACUAUACCAUUGAGGUGGAAUGUGCCAUUAAAGACUUACAUAGUGGCGUUUUUGGUGGCACUGUGCACGAAGCGAUGCCGGAUCUCUGCUACCUGCUCAGUUCACUAGUAGACAAAGACACCAAUAUUUUAGUUCCAGGCAUUAACAGAGAUGUUGCGCCAUUGUUACACAACGAAAAUGAAAUAUAUCACAACAUAGAUUACGAAGUAGACGAAUACAAAAAAGAUAUUGGAGCUCAAAAAUUGCCUCAUAAUGAGGACAAAACCAAAUUAUUGAUGCACAGAUGGCGUUAUCCAAGCCUUUCCAUUCACGGUGUUGAAGGCGCUUUUUAUGAACAUGGAGCAAAAACUGUUAUACCGGCCAAAGUUAUCGGCAAAUUUUCUAUACGUCUGGUUCCUAAUCAAGAUCCUGAUCACAUCACAGAGUGUGUAAAAAAUUAUAUAAAUGCGAAAUGGGAAGAACGUGGUUCGCCAAACAAAAUGAAGGUUAAUCUCGUAAGUAGUGGCAAACCUUGGACUGAGGAUCCUAAUCAUCCUCAUUAUGAGGCUGCCAAAAAUGCCAUAAAACACGUGUUCAAAACUGAACCUGAUAUGACUCGUGAAGGUGGUUCAAUACCUGUGACGUUGACCCUGCAAGAGGCCACUGGUAAAAACGUUAUCUUAGUUCCAGUUGGAGCUUGUGAUGAUGGUGCACAUUCGCAAAAUGAGAAAAUUGAUAUUUACAACUACAUAGAAGGGACUAAACUUCUCGGAGCUUACCUGCACGAAGUCGGAAAAUUGGAUUAAAGAUCUAAACAAAUUGAUAGCAAUGAAACGGAAGCAUCACAGAAUUUAACAAUUAUACAGUAUAUAUAUCAGCAUUAACACUUUAAUAACAAUUUAUAUUUUUCUAGUAAACUAAACAUUGAAUAAAUUAAAUUGAUAACUAA